UCAAGGCCUGCUUGAUACGUCCGCCAUUUUGGGCGCUUCGCUGAUGGUGUCGGUGAGCGCGUUUCCCGCCUGAGCGCAACUAGCGGCGGGUCGCAGGCACCUCCAGGAGAGCUUCUAGUUCAUAUCCAGAUAUCACUUUAUUCCUGCUAAUCUGCAAAUGCAGUGAAUUGGAAGACAACUGUUGCCAAGAUAACCUGUAAUGGGCAAGGAGCCACAGAGAAGACGACAUUUCUUUUGAUUUUCAGUCUUGGUUUGAAAGCUGUCAGCAUGCUGGUGAACAACCACCAAACCCUUCUUGAACAUAGCAGUUCUCCAUUUGGAUCUGGUCAGACACUGCCUAGCUAAGUUUCCCCACAUAUGUGAACCAAGCCUAAGGAGAAGUCCGGAGACUGUAAGUGUCUGGACGUCUAAACCCUGCACCAGCAUGUUUUGGAAAUUUGAUCUUCACUCAUCAUCCCACAUAGACACACUUCUAGAAAGAGAAGAUGUAACACUGAAGGAAUUAAUGGAUGAGGAAGAUGUUUUACAGGAGUGUAAAGCUCAGAACCGCAAACUUAUAGAGUUUCUGUUAAAAGCAGAAUGUCUCGAAGAUUUAGUUUCAUUCAUUAUAGAAGAACCACCUCAAGACAUGGAUGAAAAGAUCAGAUACAAGUAUCCAAAUAUAUCUUGUGAGUUGCUCACUUCUGAUGUCUCCCAGAUGAAUGAUAGACUGGGAGAAGAUGAAUCCUUGCUAAUGAAAUUAUAUAGCUUCCUCCUAAACGAUUCCCCCUUGAACCCACUUCUUGCCAGUUUCUUCAGCAAGGUGCUAAGUAUUCUUAUCAGCAGAAAACCAGAACAGAUUGUCGAUUUCCUAAAGAAGAAACGUGAUUUUGUAGACCUUAUCAUAAAGCAUAUAGGAACCUCUGCUAUCAUGGAUUUGUUGCUCAGGCUCCUAACGUGUAUUGAGCCUCCACAGCCCAGGCAAGAUGUGCUGAAUUGGUUAAAUGAGGAGAAAAUUAUCCAGAGGCUUGUGGAAAUAGUUCAUCCAUCGCAAGAAGAAGAUCGACAUUCAAAUGCAUCACAGUCACUUUGUGAAAUUGUUCGCCUGAGCAGAGACCAGAUGUUGCAAAUUCAGAACAGUACAGAACCAGAUCCCCUGCUUGCCACUCUAGAAAAGCAAGAAAUUAUAGAACAGCUUCUAGCAAAUAUUUUCCACAAGGAGAAAAAUGAAUCAGCUAUAGUCAGUGCAAUCCAGAUAUUGCUGACUUUACUUGAGACACGACGACCAACAUUUGAAGGCCAUAUAGAGAUCUGUCCACCUGGCAUGAGUCAUUCAACUUGUUCAGUCAAUAAGAGUGUUCUAGAAGCCAUCAGAGGAAGACUUGGAUCUUUUCAUGAACUCCUACUCGAGCCACCCAAGAAAAGUGUGAUGAAGACUACAUGGGGUGUUCUGGAUCCUCCUGUGGGGAAUACCCGGUUGAAUGUGAUUAGGUUGAUAUCCAGCUUGCUUCAAACCAAUACCAGCAGUAUAAAUUUGGACCUUAUGGAGCUGAAUAGCAUUGGAGUCAUAUUGGACAUGUUCUUUAAAUAUACAUGGAAUAAUUUUUUGCAUACACAAGUGGAAAUAUGUAUUGCACUGAUUCUUGCAAGUCCUUUUGAAAACACAGAAAAUGGCACAAUUACAGAUCAAGACUCCACUGGUGAUAAUUUAUUAUUGAAACACCUUUUUCAAAAAUGUCAAUUAAUAGAACGAAUACUUGAAGCUUGGGAAAUGAAUGAGAAGAAACAGGCUGAGGGAGGAAGACGGCAUGGUUACAUGGGACACCUAACAAGAAUAGCUAACUGUAUCGUGCACAGUACUGAUAAGGGCCCCAACAGUCCAUUAGUACAGCAACUCAUCAAAGAUCUUCCCGACGACGUCAGGGAGCGAUGGGAGACGUUCUGCACAAGCUCCUUAGGAGAAACUAACAAGAGGAACACGGUAGAUCUAGUUACAACCUGCCAUAUUCAUUCAUCCAGUGAUGAUGAAAUUGACUUUAAAGAAACGGGUUUCUCACAGGAUUCUUCUUUGCAGCAAGCCUUUUCUGAUUAUCAGAUGCAACAAAUGACGUCCAAUUUUAUUGACCAGUUUGGCUUCAACGAUGAGAAGUUUGCAGAUCAAGAUGACAUUGGCAAUGUUUCUUUUGAUCGGGUAUCAGAUAUCAACUUUACUCUCAAUACAAAUGAAAGUGGAAAUAUUGCCUUGUUUGAAGCAUGUUGUAAGGAAAGAAUACAGCAAUUUGAUGAUGGUGGCUCUGAUGAAGAAGAUAUCUGGGAGGAAAAACACAUUGCAUUUACACCAGAGUCCCAGCGACGAUCAAGCUCGGGUAGUACAGACAGUGAGGAAAGUACAGACUCUGAAGAAGAAGAUGGGGCAAAGCAAGACUUGUUUGAAUCCAAUAGUGCCAAUACGGAGGAUAAAAUGGAGGUAGACCUGAAUGAACCACCCAACUGGUCAGCCAACUUUGAUGUCCCAAUGGAGACCACCCACGGUGCUCCAUUAGACUCUGUGGGGUCUGAUGUCUGGAGCACAGAGGAGCCGAUGCCAACUAAAGAGACGGGCUGGGCUUCUUUUUCAGAGUUCACAUCUUCCCUGAGCACAAAAGAUUCUUUAAGGAGUAAUUCUCCAGUGGAAAUGGAAACCAGCACUGAACCCUUGGACCCUCUGACUCCCAGUGUUGCCACGCUGGCAGCGCAGCCAGAAGCACCAGGCAGUGUGGCCAUGGAAGCCAGCUCUGAUGGAGAGGAGGAUGCAGAAAGUACAGACAAGGUAACUGAGACAGUGAUGAAUGGCGGCAUGAAGGAAACGCUCAGCCUCACUGUAGAUGCCAAGACAGAGACUGCAGUCUUCAAAAGAGUGUUGAAAUCCUACCGUGAGGAAGGAAAACUGUCUACCUCUCAAGAUGCUGCUUGUAAAGAAGUGGAGGACAGCUCCGAGGCGACGGUGGAGGCAAAGUGUGCAGUCCCCCGGCCCCCCAGCAACAGUCCAGAGCAGAGGACUGACCAGCCAAGCAUGCCAGGCAGCACAUCAGUCAAUGGCCCUGUAUGAUGAGCGACAUCUGCUGCUACUGACCGAGGACUGCAGGCCGCCACCAUUCAGGGGGCUCUGGAGGGGUCAUCUGGAGCCUGCCAAGCUGUCACUGCUGCACUCACUCUGCAAGGGAUCAGGACCAGCAACCUUUAUAUUCUAGAUUCUAAGACAUUGUACAGAGAAAUUCAGAAGUGUAAAAAUAUUGCACAUUGACAAAUACCAAGAAUUUUUGCGUAUGUUUAUAUUGUAUUGUUCUAAAUAAUGGGUAGCCUGUGAAAUAAGAUCUUGCCACCCAUGUAAUAAUAGUAGUAAUACUAUAGUUAAAAUGGCUGUAAGAAUAGUUUUAUAAAAGUGAAUACACAGAUCUAUUGUAUUUGAAACAUAACUAUUUGACGAUUAGUGUGACCAAAGUAUUAGGCAGUUUUCAUACAUUUUUCACCUUGUACAAAAUUCUGAAUUCAUUUUUCUUCCAGGUUGGCAAGGACUUGUAGAAUUGAAAUGCCCUCUAAGUGUUAUUUUGGUUGUUCUAACUUUCAAAAGUGAUUUUGAAUACGAAAUAUUUGGUGUUCUUUUUAUAACCAGUUUAUGAUUGGUAAUUGUUUUCUGUAUUGUUUAAAAUGGAUCAAAAAUGUAAGUCUAUUGGUAGAGAUUAAGUAUUUAUUGCUACAACUUAGUUGAUAAAUUGAUGUUAUUGUAAAGCCAUAUGUUCUGUUAAAGUCUUGUUUGCUUGAAAUGAUUAUUCUUACAGGUGAAACACUAGAAUAUUUGGAGUGUUUAUGGCUUGUGGUUUGGGUUCCUUGGUUUUGUGUUUGUUUUGUUUAGGGGAUAUUUUUUGUUUGGUUUUUUUUUUUGUUUGUUUGUUUUGGUAGUUUCAUCUGCCUUUUAACCCAUUCACCAAAAUUUACCUUGUUAACAAGCAUCACCAAUGAACAUUUCAGAGCAAUCUGCAUAUUUAACAUACCUGAAUGAUAUUAGGCAAGUCAGUGGAAAAAUGCUCGUGCUGCUAAUGGAAUUAGAGUGCGUUCAUUUUACAGGCUAGUAUUUUUUAAAAGUAGAAAUCAAAAUCUGGCACCGAAGCAUGUUAAUUGUUUUACUGUACCUUGUGAGAUUUUCACUCGUAAAUUCUAAACCAGUGUAUUUUUUUUAGAACUGGUUUGUGUAUAUAUAUAGUGAUUA